GCGGUGUCAUCCACGGAAAGAUGUGGGUUUGCUCAUGACAAUGUUCUUCGCUGAUGGGUGACUAGUUUAAGACAGUACGCAUAAAAAACGAUAAUUACAUGUAUUGCUGAUGAUUAUUUUGGUAGAGGCAAUUCUCAGUGCAGCAUCAUCAAGAGCAACAAUACCACUGAGGUCCAGCAAAGGAAUUAGAAGUCUGAUGUAAUUUGUGCCUGUCAUAUUCAGCAUGGCAGACUUACCUCAGCUUGACCCUAACAUCUCUAUAUGUCUGGAUGAUGCCGGAGAAGAAAGAGCCACCAGCAGUGUCACAAACAAACAGACUUCAGAUGAAAAUCCCUCUCCCGAUUUUGCGGAUGUUGACAGAGCCAGUGCCCUUGUCCAUUCUCCGACCACGGACACACUGGAUUCAGUAGCGCUUGAACCAUCACCCUCGGAUGAUGAAGCAAAAUUAUCUGAAGUUGGAGAGGAUGACAGGGAGACCGCAGUGAAUUCAGGGGAAAAUUCUCAAGAUCAGGAAGACUGUCAGCAAAGUGAAGAGACAUUGCAGGGUUUGACAAAUGAAAGUGAGACAGAUAAAGAAACUGUUACUGUAGCUGGGAAAACAAGGGAGAGUUUAGGAAGGACAAAAGAUGCAGGUAAUCCUGUUGAAAGUGAACAGUAUGAAACUCCAAGACUGAGCCAUUAUUUUGGAGAUUCUUUGUCGGGGGAUUUCUUUGAUGGUUUAACAGGUGAGGAGGGGGAUCCAACUAGUGCAGCUGCACUGGUUUCUACUGACACUCCAAAGCGGACACGGCACUGCUCCCAGCCAGAACCAGAGCCAGUGAGUUUUGAAGGCGAAGAACCGUCGGUGGACAACACAAAGCAAGUAGAUGUAGAUGAACAAGCUCUGUUAGAGAAAGAAACCGAUGCAUUUGAAUCCUUCACAGCAGAGGGUACCGAUAUUCCAAACGUAGAAAAUUUAAGCGUUUCUCCGAUUCACCAAACGUUUGGAACACCGAGACACUUUCAGAGUGAUUCUUUUCCACCUGUACAAGACACAUUACAUUCACAUAAUGAAGAGCAUGGAGAAGCUCAUUUGAGCACUGAGGCCUCAGUUCCCAGUGUGGAAAAAGAAGAUGCACAGAAACUCCAACUAAUAUGUACUCGUCCCACUGGAGAUCAGUUAUCUCCUCUACCUAGUCCCUCUCAUAAGACCCCACCUUUACAACCACAACAAACAGGUGGUCCUGCUCCUGCUAGCCCUGCUCAUCAGUCGCAAGCCCCCUUUCAGCAAUUCUCAGAGAAUUUCUUGACAACAGCGGAAGAUCCAUUCACAGCGAGCCUACACAUGAGUGAUGCUGACCGAAGAAGAGACGCAUGGCUCCCUUCUGAACACACCAGACAAGUCAUUGUUUCCAUGGUGACUAGUGCUCCAGGGACUUACUACCCAAGUCCAGAUGAAUUGUGCAUGCCUGGCUUAGUGUUGGAUGAUCCUCAGGGUGACCCUGUUUUGGAGAUGCUGGGUAGGUUUUCUGGGGAGGAACAAGUUGCUGAGAGAAAGACCCUGUCUGCUGAUGAUGUGUCCCAAGAUGACCAAGGUGUUCGCAGGUUAAUUGCAGCUGAUUGUCUGCGAGCAGCUGUGGACCUGGUGGGCAGACUCAUCACUUCAGCAGGCCAGGGGGUGGGGAGAAUAGGUCAGGUCACACAACACACCCCUCAUACUCUUCAGUUGUGGUUCUUGCGCCUGACCCUGCUCACCAAACUGCGGUUAUACAGCCUGGCUGAAUCAGAGUCCCAGGCCUUCAAGAACCUGGACACAGCUGACCUGUACUACGAUUACUACCCUCAGUUACAUCCAGGCAAACGAGGUUCUAUGGUUCCGUUUGGGAUGCGUAUCCUUCACGCCAACUUACCACACUUCUUGGGGAGAACCCAGGAUGCGCUGGACAGACUAUAUUAUAUCCUGGCUGUUGUCAAAAAGAUAGUGUCUAAUUUGGAGUCAGGUGGUGCAGAGGAUGGGAGUCUACUGGAAUUGUCAGCUGAAAGUAGGAAAGCAUCCCUGGAGUUAUGGAGGAAGAGGGAGCUUCAGGUGUUGUACAGCACUGGAAACAGCCUACUCUCUGUCAAGGAUUUUGAAGCUGGACUGGAAGUGUAUGAAAGUCUACUAGAGAAAGAUAAAGCCAAUCACUCUGAGCUGCUGUGUGCUCUGGGGAGAAUUUACCUUCAGAUGGGAGAUAUAGACAAGGCUUCCAGUUACUUCAAGCAGUUUGAUGAUGAGUGUAGUAACCGUGACAACGUGAUGACAGGAAGGAUAGCCAUCAGCCACGGCCUUGUUGCAUUAUCAAGAAACAACUUUAAUGAGGCGUACCAGUACUUUACAACAGCCAAGAAGGCAGAUCCAACAAACCCUAUCGCUGUCAAUAACUUGGCCGUGUGUUACCUGUACAUGGGUAAGCUGAAGGAGUCUCUGGCCACCCUGGAAGGCAUGAUACAGUCUGACCCCAGUAAAAACCUCCAUGAAGGUGUCUUGUUUAACCUGUGUACCCUCUACGAGCUGGAGUCCUCAAGAGCAUCUCAGAAGAAGGCAUCACUGUUAGAGAUGGUCAGCAAACAUAAAGGGGACAGUUUCCCAGUGGCCAGUCUAAAACUAGCCUAAUACUGCUAGUUCAGAGUUGUUUAUUUCUGUGUUCAAAGUAAAUACUGUUGUAAUUUGCUCUGGGAAUGAGUUUAGGCAUUCAUAAUGAUAAAAUAUAUAUACAACCUUAUUCUUGGCAUACGUGGUUAGCAUGCCAGCUCGGCGCAAUAACCCAGAGCCUCUCACCAUUGGGUUGCUGUGAGUUUGAAGUCCAGCUCAUGCUGGCUUUCUCUCCGGCCGUACGUGGGAAGGUCUGCCAUCAACCUGCAGAUGGUCAUGGGUUUCCCUCGGGCUUUGCCCGGUUUCCGCCCACCAUAAUGUGGCAGCCAUCGUAUUAAGUGAAAUAUUCUUGAGUACGGCGUAAAACCCUAAUCAGAUAAAUAAAUAAUAAAUAAAUAUUCUUGGCACAUAAUAAGGCAGUUUGGAAACAAGUAGUUUUAAAGACCCAGAAAAAAAAAUUAAACAGGCAUUUCUUAAUGAUCUCUUGUUUGAUCAAGUUUAAAAUUUUAUGGCAUCUGAACAUAAAUCACUGCGAAAUACAUCUUCAAACUGAAGUAUCAGGUGAUCACCAGAUAGACUACUUAAAUAUAUGUACUGGUUAUCUUAAAUAUUUCAAAAAACUUUCACAAAAUGGUAAUUCAUGGUUGUAGAAGUUUGUUUUCAAGUAAUUGAUUUGAAAUGACAUAAUGAGCUUUGUGUUUUAAAUGAGACGGUCAGAAAGUGUUGAACGUGUAGUAAUUUAUUCCUGUCAUACUCCGUGUUGAUAUUCUCACAAAUUGGAUUCAUUGUAUAUCCAUUGAGUAUGUACACAUCUCCCCCAUUGUGAGAUAAAUGCUUAUAUGCCGUGGAGAAACUAUGUAAUCAUGUGCUUACCUGGUUUUAAUUGUAAGGCAGAUUGGUAAAGUUCAUAAGCAAGAAGUCUUUGGUUGCUUGCAGGUGAGAUACUAAGUCAUAGUUGACGUAUGAAUCAACAACAACUUGGCAGUGCAAUAUUAGUGGGGACAUGUUCAUUGAAUCAUGCAAUGUAAUGAGGGAGAGGUGUAUAUAUAUG